AUGGCCACAAUCGAGCCGGGCGUCGCCACCUCCGACCCCUCCCUCCGCGCCAAGUAUACGGCCGAGCGCAACAAACGGCUCCGCGCCGACGGCGUCGCGCAGUUCGUCCCGCUCGCGCAGGCUCCACACCUCUCGCAUCUUGCGCGCGAUCCCUGGGUCAGCGACGACAAACCCACCGGCAACGGCGCCUCCACCAAUGGCACCUCUGUCAACGGCACUUCCACCAAUGGCGCCAACGUUACCUCCAACGGUACUUCCACUACGUCCAACGGCACCAACGGUACCACCAACAAUGGCACUAUCGGCACCUCGACAAAUGGCACUCCCCCCUCCACCUCCCCCAUCCAAACCAAACUCCUCAUCCUCGGCGCCGGCUACAGCGGCCUCCUCUUCGCCGCACACCUCAUCUCCACCAACCAGUUCCCCCCCUCAUCCAUCCUCUUCGCCGACGCGGCGGGGGGUUUCGGCGGGACGUGGUACUGGAACCGGUACCCGGGCCUGAUGUGCGACACAGAGUCCUACAUCUACAUGCCGCUGCUCGAGGAAACGGGCUACGUGCCGCGGCACAAGUACGCGUACGGAGACGAGUUGAGGGAGCAUGCGGUGAGGAUAGCGGAGAGGUGGGGGGUGCAGGACAGGGGCGUGUGGGGGGUGAGGGCGAGGGAGGUGAGGUGGGUGGAGGAGAGGGGCAGGUGGAGGGUUGGGAUGGUGAGGGAGGGGGGUGGAGGACGGCGACGAGGGGGUGGGGAGGGGGACGGAGAAGAGAGGAGGGACGGGGAGGAGAGGAGGAACGGAGAGGACAGGAUGGACGGAGAGGAGAGGAGGGACGGGGAGCAGCAGGAGGAGGUGGUGAUAGACGCACAAUACGUCUUCGUCGCCACCGGCACGCUCUCUACGCCGCAUGUGCCAAGAGUCCCUGGCCUCGACACCUUCGCUGGCCCCUGCUUCCACACCUCGCGGUGGGACUACGGCGUCACGGGCGGCAGCCCCUCUGACUGGCGUCUGGAGAAGUUGCGUGGCAAGACGGUCGGCAUCGUGGGGACGGGCGCGACGGCGGCGCAGGUCGUGCCCGAGCUGGCGCGCUGGGCGGAGCGUCUAUACGUCUUCCAGCGCACGCCAUCGAGCGUCGACGAGCGCGGGCAGCGCGCCACGGACCCGGAGGAGUGGAACGCCAAGGUGGCGAAGGGCGAGGGGUGGCAGCGGGCGCGGGCGGAGAACUUCAACGCGUAUCUGACCAGUACUCCAGAAGAGGGCGAGGAAGAUCUGGUGGCGGAUGCGUGGAGCCGCAUGCCUUCGUACGCGGCCAUCCUGGGGGCACCGGGUAACGCCGGGAUCGUGACGCCGGAGAAGGUCCCAGGGCACGUCGCCCAAAUGCACGAGUGGGACCUCAGCCGGGCGGAGAGGGUGCGGGCCAGGGUGGAUUCGAUCGUCGCGGACGCGGCAACGGCGGAGAAGCUCAAGGCGUGGUAUCCCGUGUGGUGCAAGCGGCCCGUCUUCCACGACGAGUACCUGCCGGCCUUCAACCGGGCGAACGUUACGUUAGUCGACACGGACGGGAAGGGUAUCGACGGCUUGAGCAGGGCCGGCGUCGUCGCUAACGCCAUCGAGUAUCCCGUCGACGUGCUCGUGCUCAGCACGGGGUUCGUCUCACCGGCCGCGGGCACAGGGAGUCCCGCUUCCAGAGCGGGCGUCAAGGUGUAUGGGAGGGAGGGACUCGACAUGGAUGCCAAGUGGGGCCGGCAGGGGGCCGCGACGCUGCAUGGCGUGGCUUCGAACGGGUUCCCCAACUUCUUCUUCCCCGGCCCUUCGCAGGCCGGCGUCACUUCGAACUUUACGUUCGCCUUGGACAGGAUCGGGGCGCAUGUUGCCUUCAUCUUGGCCGAGGCCGAGAGGCGUGCGGAGAGGCCGGACGAGCUCGUCGUCGAAGUGACCGAGGAGGCCGAGGAGGCGUGGUCAAAGGAGGUCAUGAUUAGAGCAGGGUGGUUCGCCGCUGUGCGAGGAUGUACGCCGAGCUACAUCAACGCCGAGGGCGAGAGCGACAAGGCCAAGGACUUGGCGGAGCAGAUGAAAGCAGCCCGAGCGGCGCCCUGGGGAGAAGGGGUGACCAGAUACCUGGACGUGUUGCGCACCUGGAGAGAAGAGGGUGGUCUCACCGGGUACGAUCUGCUUGAGCGACAGCCAAUCACUUCCAAGUAA